AUGUCGGGCAUAAUAUGUGCUUGGGCGGCGAACAUGUCGCAAUCCUCGACGCAGUGGUACGAAGACGAGUAUAUACCCUCCACGACUUCAAAGCUUGCACAGCACGCACUGCAUUGUGAGCUUGUAGGGACGGGCCUUGGUGCUGAAGUUGACGGUAUCGGUACCCAAGAAGCUCCCUGGAAAUGGCUCACUCUGUACGAGGUGGAUGAUGCGAAUAAGGCAACCGCCGCAACGUAUGACGAGAGCAAUCGUCCCGCAAUGGCUGGUGGGCUAGAGCACGCAAGACUCGAUGUCAGGACGUACGAGGAAUUGAAGAGGUGGCAAGCUGAUGAUUGGGAAGGCGAAUAUGCAGAUAUAGCAAGUGUAGCUGUGAUGGAGUGGCAAGUUGAGGAGGGCAGAGAGAAGGAAGUCCUCGAUUUCUACAAGGCUGAGGCUGCGCCGACAAUUGCAAGCUCGCCUGAAGUUCUGCGAUUUCGUAUGUUCAAGAUUCAGAACGCGACAGUGUUUAAAGCUGGCUUAUACGAGACGCUGGGAAAGGAAACCACACACACUUAUCUUACAGUCGCAGAGCUAGAGCGCGAGGAGUGGCCGUGGGAUGUGGUUGUAGUCUUGGGUGAAAACCCGAAGUGGAGAGAAUAUUUCGACAGCCAAAAGGCCGUGAAGUGGCAAAGUAGCCACUAUCUCGUGAAGAGAAGCUACCCCGAUCCCGAUGAAGAUGGCAAGGAUAUCUAG